UGGCAUUCCUUCAAUGUUGUGUGGGUGGAAAUCUAAAUCCAGCUUCUUUAUUAUCAGGAAAAGCAAUGGCCUGGCAUCGAUUGGAGUCUUGUUAUGUUGCUGUUCUAUCCUUCCUCGCCCUCAUCUCUCUCUUUUGUGGUGCUACCCAAGAUUCGAACUAUUGUCCUAAUAUUGCAGGUCUCUCCAGUUCAUGGACUAACUUUGAACAAGAUGGCCAGCGGUUUGGGAUGGACACUGUGCCGCGCAUUCUUUGCAUCGAAGGCGAAGGUGCAGGGUUCUGCUUUGGAUUCUAUUGCAGCUAUUUAAGAGACGAAUGCCUCUUGGCUGUUGUCAUCUGCAGUCUCCCUCUUAUAUGUUCUCCAGAACUAGUGUGGUUUGCUGAUCGUUGCGAACUAGUGUGGUCUGCUAAUCGGAACGAUCCUGUCCGGGUAAAUGCUACUUUACAGCUAACUGGAGGAGGAGACUUGAUCUUGAAGGAUGCUGAUGGCAAAUUUGUUUGGUCCACAAACACAACAGGAAAGAGUGUUUCAGGCUUAAAAUUGACUGAAGCCGGAGAUGUUGUCCUCUUUGACGCAAACAAUGCUACGGUUUGGCAGUCUUUUGACCACCCCACUGAUGUUCUACUUCAGGGCCAAAAGAUGGUUUCAGGGAAGAAGCUUACAGCCAGCUUAGCCACAGAUAACUGGACUGAAGGUAUGUUAUCACUUUCCGUUACUAAUGAAGCUCUGGUAGCUUAUGUAGAGUCCAAUCCUCCUCAGAUCUAUUAUCGUCUUGAGGGCUCGGAUACAAACACAAAAGGUAAAACAAAACAAAAUUAUAUCUUACUCGGGAAUGAAAGCCUCGACGGGUUCAUACAUGGUGCUGACCCAAACUAUCCAGAUUCAAGGAUUUUGAUUCCUACAAACUUGUCUGCACAGUUCAUCAAACUGGAGCCGGAUGGUCAUUUGAGAGCCUACGGGUGGAAAGAUUAUGACUGGGAGGCGGCUGAUCUUCUAACUGAAUGGUUAUCAUUUCCAACUCAUCCAAGUGUUGUAGAUGAUUGUCUAUACCCACUGGUGUGCGGGAAAUAUGGUAUUUGCUCAGAAAGACAGUGUAGCUGUCCCCCACCAUCUCCUAAUGGAACAACCUAUUUCCGGCAAGUAGAUGACAACCUACUCAGUAAUGGAUGCUCUGCAACUAAACCCAUUGCUUGCGGCUCUUCUCAAUAUCAUCAUCUUCUUGAGCUUCAACACGUAGGCUACUUUGCCUUCAGUUCUGACAUUAGCAGUACAAAUGUAGAAAAUUGCAAGCAGGCCUGUUUGAACAACUGUUCAUGCAAAGCUGCUCUUUUUCAAUAUACAUACGAUCCUUUACAUGGGGAUUGCUGCCUUCUAUCUGAGGUCUUUUCAUUGAUGACCACUGAUCGGGGUGAUAUUAAGUACUCAUCCACGUUCCUUAAAGUGGCGAUUUCUCCUAUUGAUAUUCAGAAGAAAAAAGGGCAUGCUAGAGUUAUACUCGUAUCAAGUCUUGCAGCUUUCUUCGGUGUCUUUAUUUUUAUGACCACUUGCUUCUUUCUUUUCAGAAAGAAAAAGGAUUCUAUUGAAUUUGAGGAGGAUUACCUAGAUCAGGUAUCAGGAAUGCCCACUAGAUUCUCCUUCCAAGACUUGAAAGCUACAACACGAAACUUUAGUUGCAAGCUUGGGGAAGGAGGAUUCGGGUCAGUCUAUGAAGGCACUUUGAGCAACGGUGUCAAAGUUGCAGUGAAGCAUCUUGAAGGUUUAGCUCAAGUAAAGAAAUCAUUCUCAGCUGAAGUUGAGACGAUAGGCAGCAUUCACCAUGUCAAUUUGGUAAGACUGAUUGGAUUUUGCGCUGAAAAAUCACAUAGGCUCUUAGUCUAUGAGCACAUGUGCCAUGGAUCCUUGGAUAAAUGGAUCUUCCACAAAAACCAACAUCUUUCUCUUGGUUGGGAAUCCAGAAGAAAGAUCAUCCUUGACAUAGCGAAGGGACUAGCCUAUCUCCAUGAAGAAUGCAGGCAGAAGAUAUUUCACUUGGAUAUCAAACCCCAAAACAUCCUUUUGGAUGAACACUUGAAUGCAAAAGUUUCCGAUUUCGGAUUGUCAAAACUGAUUGACAAGGACCAAAGCCAAGUUGUAACAACAAUGAGGGGGACCCCGGGUUACUUGGCUCCCGAAUGGUUGAGCUCAGUUAUCACAGAAAAAGUGGACGUCUACAGCUUUGGCGUUGUGUUGUUAGAAAUUCUGUGUGGGCGAAGAAAUGUAGACCGAUCUCAACCUGAAGAAGAUUUGCAUUUACUCGGUAUUUUCAGAAGGAAGGCAAAUGAAGGACAAGUGUUGGAUAUGGUUGAUAAAAACAGUGAGGAUAUGCAGAGACAUGGAGCAGAAGUUAUGGAGCUGAUGAAGGUUGCUGCAUGGUGCCUACAAAAUGAUUAUGCCAGGAGGCCUUCCAUGUCCGUGGUGGUGAAGGCUUUGGAGGGUUUGGUUGAUAUUGAAGAUGACCUGGAUUACAACUUUUCGUAUCCACCAUUACCUAGGGGCAUUGCUCACGAGGUUGCUGCUGCUGCUACUCCAAUUAUGCCAUCAGCUUUAUCAGGACCUAGGUAAACGUCAACCUACCUGGCUGUAACUCUAAUUAAAGUGUGAUGCUUUUAUGAAAUUUUAUUUAGUCUUUAUUUGGUUGUAACUGAAAAUUUAAAAAUUUUCAUUUUCACCUUCUUCCUUUUGAAUUCGAUGAGCUUUUGUGGCUUGAUUAUUUUAUCA